GCUACUUCCGGUCUCUGCACAGCUGGGGUAGCUACGAUCAACCACCGAUGCGUUGACGCGUUCAGCCUCGACUCUUACCAUGAAAACGCUUUGCUCUCUGCUCGGUGUCGUUUUGCCGGAUAACUGGGUGAUUAUUAUGCUGGAAACAAGAACGGAGCGGGUCAGACAAGACGUCGAGGAGCCCCCACAAUUCCAGGAUGGUUUGAGUACACGACAUCAGCUUCAUCCUCACAGUUUGCUGCUUGCUCUCUGACCUUACCUUCAGCCAAGGUUAAACACCUUACCUGAUGAUCCAAUGGACAGUCGCAGCCUCCUGAGUCUCACUGUGGCCUUGUUGAGUGUGCUGAGCCCAUGUCUUACCAGACUGACCCCCAGAGUCUCCUUCCCCAUGGGUAGUCCUGGGAGACGUCUCACCUUGUUCAGUAGUCCUGAUGUCAGCAACACCACGACGCUGCUUCUCAGUGAAGAUGGAGGAAUGCUGUACGUAGGAGCGCGGGAUGCUGUGUUAGCCCUGGAUGUUAGGCACAAGGACGUCAUGUUCCUGAGGAGCAAGUUGGAUUGGAGUCCUUCAGAAAAAGACCUUGAACAAUGUUCAAUGAAGGGCAAGAAAAAGGCUGACUGUCCCAAUUUCAUCCGUGUGCUCCAGUUCCUGAACACCAGCCACCUUUAUACCUGUGGAACAUUUGCUUUUAGUCCACGCUGCACCUACAUUAACUCUGAAACGUUAGCAAUGAGCCUCAACACUGAUGAAGGAAGAGGUCGCUGCCCAUAUGAUCCCUAUCAGCGCAACACUGCUGUCAUUGUGGAUGGAGAACUGUACACUGCCACUGUGGCGGACUACCGAGGGAACCGGCCCAUCAUCUCCCGACACCUCAGUGAAAGCAGCCGAGUUGACCUUAAAUUGGACGAUACGUUAGGAUGGCUUGAAGAUCCGACCUUCAUUAGCUCCACCUUCAUUCCUCAUGAGGAAAAAAUCUACUUUUUCUUUAGUGAAGUGGCCAGAGAGUAUAACUUCAUAGACAAGUUUAUUGUGUCCCGUGUUUCUCAGAUCUGCAUAAGUGAUGUUGGAGGUCAGCGCACUCUGCAGCGACGAUGGACCACGUUCGCCAAAGCUCAGCUGUUGUGCCAGGCUGGCAGCGAGCUGCCUUAUAACGUGAUCCAGGACGUAGACAUACUCCCACCAGCAGAGGGAGCUCCUGCAGAUGACACACUUUUUUACGGCAUCUUCACCUCCCAGUGGGCUGUGAACUCUGGAAGGUCAGCAGUGUGCUCAUUUCGUCUGGCAGACAUCAAGUCAGUUUUCUCUGGUAACUACAAGGUUCUGAACAGAGACACCUUACAGUGGAGCGCACGAGUUCAAGAGAAGGUCGCAAAUCCAGGAGAGUGCGGCCUGCACAAUGCAUCAGACAACGCCCUGCGCUUUGUCAAAGAGAACUUCCUGGCAGAAGACAGCGUGCGCCCGGUGGGUAAACGUCUGACCAUGGUGUCUGCUGAGCACACCUACAGCCACCUGACAGUCCAGAGGGUUCAGGGGGCCAACAGAAGGCUCUACACAGUCCUGUUUCUGCUCACAGAGGCUGGUUUCUUACACAAAGCAGUGCUGCUGCCACUCGGAGCCCACAUCAUCGAGGAAGUUCAGGUUUUUGAGCCGCCUCAGCCCGUCAAGAGCCUCAAACUCUCUGUUCCCAAGGGUAUGGUGUAUGUCGGCACAGCAGAGGGGGUGGUGAGGGUCCCAACGUUCAACUGCUCCUACUAUUGGACCUGUGCUCAGUGUGUUCUGUCCAGAGACCCUUUCUGUGGCUGGGAUCCUGUCAGCAGGGCCUGUGUGGAGGUCUCUGGAACCCAGAGCAGUCUUGCCCAGGACAUAGAUGGAGGGAAUGUUGAAGACGUGUGCAGCAGUGUUUCACUAACACACAAAACCAGAUUUGGUCCAAACAAACUACCAGCAGCCCCGUGUCCUGCAGGGGAGCUGGUGUCAGUGUCUCUGAAUGAGGUGGUGCGGCUGCAGUGUCCGGCAGCGUCGCAGCUGUCCCAGCAGCAGUGGGAGCGUCCCAACAGCCGGCUGUCCUCAGACCUAUACUUGGAGCUGGAGGAUGGGAGUCUGAGCUUCGUGGCCACUCCGGCCACACUGGGCCACUACCUGUGCCUGUCCACAGAGAAUGGCUACCGACAGAUCAUAGCCAUCUAUCAUGUGAAGCAGAAGAGCAGCCCCAUGACUCAGAGCCCCACCGGCCACACACGGACCACACACACCACUCAGACUGCAGCCAGCUCUGGACCUCACACCUCUGUACGGAGCUGGCCUAAAACAACAGAAUGGAGACGAACAGACACUAAGCUGUCUGUUACAAACACUCAGGUCACCACCCGACAGCUGGGCACAAACCUGACUCUGUGGACGGAGUCCGAACUGAGAGAAGCUGUGUUCCCUGCUGAGGAGUCCCUGCUGUCCCCCCGGUGUCCCCACUACCUGAAGGAGCUGGUGGUUGUGUCCAUUCUGCUGGUCCUCUGCCUCAGUCUGCUGAUCACCAUGAGUCUGUGUGUCCUCAGACAGCGCUACCAGAGGAAAACAUCCCCCCAGGCAGGACCUCUGCCUAGAGACUCUAACAGGGAGACCCCUGAGGAGGAGGAGGCUCUGAAUGGAAAUGAGGUUUUUAACAAACACAGUGGUUCUCCUUUGCAUGGUGGACAGUCCAGCAGUCUGGUUUGUAAUGGAACACUUACAGACUCAAGACAGCAUUUGCCAAACACUCCUAUCUGAGCACCAGCUGAUUUUUAACUCUACAGAUGGAGAGGACAACAGUCCCGGUACCAGUGUCACCUUCAGGACUGUUGGUCAGUGAUGGGUGGAAGAAGGGACUGGUUUGGGUUACUGAUAGUGAGACAUAAACACUGGGAGCUCUGUGAUUCUGAGUGAGCCUAAGAGACAAACAUGUCUUCUUCUACUGCAUCAGUGUCCACAUGUGACACAUCAGAAACAUCUUCAGAUGUUCUGAAUGUUCUGGAGUUUGUCACAUUCUAGAGUCUGAGUGCAUCCAGCACAUCUUGUUCUUUAUGUAGAACAGAUUUUCAAAGGUUGGUGGGGGGGUGUUAUCUAUUUUCCAGGCACAUAAAGUCUAUACCACAAUCAACUUCAGUAAAAUUGUCUACGUCCACACUGCAGGUUAAUCCUCAAUUCUGAUGUUUUGCAAAAAUGUAACUCGCUGUAACAUGGAUACUUGUUAGCAUGUUGAUUAUUGCGAAGUUGUUGUUCAGUCAGAUUGGAUUAAAUAACUAUCUGACAUGUUUAGUUCAGUGUUUAUCUCUGAACCUGCCUCCAGGUUAGAACCUGCUCCGGUGCAGCAUUUUAUUUUUGGAACAAAGCAAAGCGCUAAAAGUAAAGUACGGAUGGAGGAACUUCAGCAUGGACAUGGUCUGUGUCGUUACUUUUCUAUAUUUCUCCGUCAUCCAGGACAUGAAAAAUUAAAAGAACAAAUACUUCUGUUCUGUAGCUGAAGACAAGAUUUAAACUGCACAACUCGAGGUUAGUAUCAUUAUUAUAUGGAUGGAUCCUUCACCCCAUCCUCCCAGAUGUAACGCAGAUGAAAUGUGACAUGAGCGUUCUGUCUGCAGUCGCUUUGAAAAGCAUCUGAUUUGUGUCUGAUUCAGUACCA